AAAACAACUUUGAAGAUCUGCUUUGGAUGUGGGCGUGGGUGGGUGUAUGGCCCUUAACUUUUUCACAAGGGGCGACAACAACAAGGAAUUAACUCAGCUUCCUCCUUGAGAGUGAUCAUCCAGACACAGCCUGUGUUAGUUAUUCAGAGAUACACCGUUGCAGCUUUAGGUUGGACAGACUGUUUUGUGGACCUUUGAUUGCUUUCUGGAUACCCUCACUGAACCAAGUGGUGGAAGUGAAAGAUGAGUGAUUUUAAUGAAUGGAUUUCUGGGAAAUACAGAAAAAUGGAAGAAGGUCCUCUCCCUCUGUUGACUUUUGCUACAGCUCCCUACUAUGACCAGAAACCAGGAACUAGUGGAUUACGGAAGAAAACCUAUUGUUUCGAUGCAAAGCCAUGCUAUCUGGAGAAUUUUAUCCAGAGUAUAUUCUUUUCCAUAGACCUAAAAGAUCGCCAGGGAUCCUCACUGGUGGUUGGUGGAGAUGGGCGGUAUUUUAAUAAAUCGGCAGUAGAAACAAUAGUGCAGAUGGCGGCUGCCAAUGGGAUUGGUCGCUUGGUUAUUGGACAGAAUGGAAUCCUGUCCACCCCUGCUGUAUCCUGCAUCAUUAGAAAGAUCAAAGCCCUUGGUGGGAUCAUUCUGACAGCUAGCCACAACCCUGGAGGGCCCAAUGGAGAUUUUGGAAUCAAAUUCAAUAUUUCCAAUGGAGGUCCUGCUCCGGAAGCAGUCACUGAUAAGAUUUUCCAAAUCAGCAAGACAAUUGAAGAAUAUGCAAUUUGCCCUGACCUGAAAGUAGACCUCGGAGUUCUGGGAAAGCAACAGUUUGACCUGGAAAACAAGUUCAAACCCUUCACAGUGGAAAUUGUGGAUUCGGUGGAAGCUUAUGCUGCGAUGCUGAGGAACAUCUUUGAUUUCAAUGCACUGAAAGAACUGCUUUCUGGUCCAAACCGACUAAAGAUUCGCAUAGAUGCCAUGCAUGGAGUCGUGGGACCGUAUGUAAAGAAGAUCCUCUGCGAAGAACUCGGUGCCCCUGCAAACUCAGCAGUCAACUGCAUUCCUCUGGAGGACUUUGGAGGUCACCACCCUGACCCCAACCUCACCUACGCGGCUGACCUGGUGGAAACCAUGAAGACAGGAGAACAUGAUUUUGGGGCUGCCUUUGAUGGAGAUGGGGAUCGAAACAUGAUUCUGGGCAAACAUGGGUUCUUUGUGAACCCUUCAGACUCCGUGGCUGUCAUUGCUGCCAACAUCUUCAGCAUUCCCUAUUUCCAGCAAACCGGGGUCCGCGGCUUUGCACGCAGCAUGCCCACCAGUGGUGCCUUGGACCGGGUGGCUAAUGCUACAAAGAUUGCUUUGUAUGAGACCCCAACUGGUUGGAAGUUUUUUGGGAAUUUGAUGGAUGCAGGCAAACUAUCCCUUUGUGGGGAGGAGAGCUUCGGGACGGGUUCUGACCACAUUCGUGAGAAAGAUGGACUCUGGGCUGUCCUUGCGUGGCUCUCCAUUCUAGCCACCCGCAAACAGAGUGUGGAGGACAUUCUUAAAGAUCACUGGCAAAAGUAUGGCCGGAAUUUCUUCACUAGGUAUGAUUAUGAGGAGGUGGAGGCUGAAGGCGCAAACAAAAUGAUGAAAGACUUGGAGGCCCUGAUAUCUGAUCUCUCCUUUGUGGGGAAACAGUUGUCAGUGGGUGAGAAAGUUUACACCGUGGAAAAGGUUGAUAACUUCGAGUACAGUGACCCGGUGGAUGGAAGCAUUUCAAGAAAUCAGGGCUUGCGACUCAUUUUUGCAGAUGGUUCUCGCAUCAUCUUCCGACUGAGUGGCACCGGGAGUGCAGGCGCCACCAUUCGGCUGUACAUUGACAGCUAUGAGAAGGACCUUGCCAAGAUCCACCAGGACCCCCAGGUCAUGUUGGGCCCACUGAUUUCCAUUGCUCUGAAGGUCUCCCAACUCCAGGAAAGGACGGGACGCACUGCACCCACCGUUAUCACCUAAGAUGACAUCUUAGGCCAGAUGCAGUACGUCUCUCCAUCCCAGGACCCGCCAAGUCACCUGAUUGAAGAGCAUGGACACAAACAAUGUGUAUUCACCCAGGCUUUUUAGGAUUCAGUUUUUCCACUAACCAGUUGUUGAUGAAUGGUACGUUUGCAAAACACUGCCAAUUGAGAUGCUCUUGGGAGCCUGUGGGAAAGGGGAAAAAAGACCCAGGGGCUUAUGCAAAUGUCAGUCCCUUUCAUGUCCUUUCACACUGCUGCUCUGACGGUAUUGUCUCCUUAGCACCAAGUUCUGUUUACACUGCAAUGUAAGAUAGAGGUUGAGCAUCAGCUAAUGAGGCCAUUUUUCAUCCUUAGGAUGUGCCAAUGAAAUGACAGUGCAAGUUCCUUUCUCCUUGGUGAACCUUUUCCCCCAUUUAUUGUUUACAUGUAAUCCAGCAAAAUGCCACUUCUGGUGCCUUUUCUCCAAUCAGUUCUUUCCUUGGAGUGAGACGUACUUGUCUACAGAUUUCAGCCUUGUUUUGCAGCACAGUCCCAUUCACACAAAUAUUUUGGGAUAUUAAAGCAAAAUAAGCUACUA